AUGACAACAAAUGUAGCAACUCGUAAAUUAGUUAGUAAUGAUUCAUCAAGUAACUUGGCUAAUUUAACAACUCGUAAAUUAGUUAGUACCCAAUCAUCAAGCAAUUUUAAUUAUGUACACACAUAUCACGAUGAAGAGAAGCAAAGUCUUGUAGAGCAUUUAAACUUUCUUUUAAAAGAUGAUAAGUUAUUAAAGAAUAGAAUUCCAAUAGAUCCAAAAACCGAUUUAAUUUUCGAUUCAUUAAAAGAUGGUGUAAUUUUAUGUAAAUUAAUUAAUGCAAUUAAACCAGGAACAAUUAAUGAAAGCUCAUUAAAGUUUAAUACAUCAAAAAUUAAUAUUUUUGAAAUGAAUGUAAAUUUAGAAAAUUGUUUAAAGGCUGCAAAAAAAAUAGGUUGUUCAACUGUAAAUAUUGGUGCUGUUGAUUUUCAAGAAGGAAAAAGACAUUUAAUUUUAUCAAUUUUAUGGCAAUUGGUUAAAAUUGAUUUAUUGAAUAAAGUUUCAAAACUAGCAUAUAGAGUUAAAGCAGAGAUUUUAGAUUUAACUGAGGAGGAUAGAAUCGAAGAAUUAGUACCAGAUGAAAUCUUAGUACGUUGGAUUAAUCAUCAUUUAGCAGAAUCAGGUACAGAUAGAAGAGUAACAAACUUUGGUAGUGAUAUUAAAGAUUGUGAAGUGUAUAUAUUACUUUUUAAUCAAUUAUCACCAACAACAUGUGGUUUAGAAUUAUUAAAUGAAAGUGACCUUAGUAAUCGUGCAAAAUUAUUUUUAGAAAAUAUCAAUAAAAUUGAUUGCAAGAAAUUUAUCUCAGCUCAAGAUAUAGUUAGUGGAAAUUCACGUUUAAAUAUCGCUUUUGUUGCCUAUAUUUUCAAUCGUUUCAAUCAAGCACGUGAAGAAGAACCUAUUGUACCAUCCAUUGAAAUCUCAAAGGUUGCCGAUAAGAAAUUGGAUAUUGACCAAGAGACCAUCCAAAAACUUGAAAAGGAGAUCCAACGUUAUCAAGAAAAGAACUUUGAAAAGCAAGAGGUUUAUGAAGAGAUUAAAAAGAGAAUUGAAGAAAAUAAAAAGGAGGAUCAGGAAUUGGAAGUCAAGUUCCAAGAGAAGGUAGAAGAGUUCAAAAAAGAGCUUGAGGAGCAAAGAGAUAUUUUCGGUAGUCAAAUUCAUCAAUUAGAAGAGCAAUUAAAACUAAUUCAAGAAACCUCUUUACCAAGCGAACAGGAGCUUUUAGCUGAAAUUGAAAAAGAAAGACAAGAAAUUCAAUCGAUCGAAAAUGAUAUAGUAAAAUCUGUUGAGAAUCAAUUCAAUGACCUCAAAACCAAAUCUGAUGAAACCCAUAGAGAGAUUGAACAAUUAAAACAAAAGGCACAAAAUGAAGAAAAAGAACUUGAAUCUAUAAAAUCAAAUUUAGAAUCAGAGAAAAAAGAAGUAUUAACUCAACUAGAGCGUACAGGUUUAUUAGAGACAAAAAGAAAACUCGAAGAGGUCAAGGAACAACAAAAACAAAUUGAAACCCAAAUUACUGAACUUAAACAUAAUGAAAAAGAGUUGAAAACCACAUUGGUUGAAACCAAAGAAGAUAGACAUCGUAUAUCAUUAGCCAAAAAGAAAAUUCAAGAUGAAUUAACACGUGCUAAAGAGAGUACUGAAAAAAUGGUUAAAACUAGAGUUGAAACUGAAAGACAAAUCGAUAAGACCACAAAACAAGUUAGGGACAUCCGUUAUGAAAUUGAUAGAUUACAGAAUGAUAAAGUUUAUAUUCAACAACAAACACAAGUAAUCAAGGUCGAAACCAUCGAAGCAGAGGAAGAGCUCGAUAAAACCAAAACCGAAAAAAGACGUCUUGCUGUAAAGAAAAGAGAGGCAACCGAUGAACUAAAUGAAAAAGAAUCGGAAUUGGAUCAAGUCAUCGUAGAAAAAGAUUUAAAGAUCGAUGAAAUUCAAAAGAAGAACCGUGAAACCAUUGAAAAGAUAAAAAGAGAUUUUGAAAGCACCAAAAACAUCAUUAACCAAGAAAAAGAAAAGAUAAAGAACCAAUUGAUUCAUGCUCAAAAUGAACUUUUAAAAGACGAGUACAACAAUGAAAAUGAAAAGAGAUACGUAGAGCUAUUGGACCACAAAAAUAGAGAUUUAGAACGUGAUAUUCAUUUACAAACUAUUCACAAAGAACAAGCAGAAAAGGAGGCAGAGAAGUUAAAGAAAGAUGCAAAUAAGAACCAAGAUCUUUUACAACAAGAACAACAAAUAAACCAACUUUUAGAAAAUAAAAAUAAAGAACUUUGGAAAGAGAAAUCCGAACUUAGAGAUCAAACUACACAAGCAGUUAUAAUAUCACACCAAGUUAUGAAAGAAACCAGAGAUCUUGAACAAAAGGUAGAAAAGAUGAAUGUUGAAGUGGAUGAAACCAUCAUCAAUAAACAAAAAUUAGAACUAAUCACCAAAGAUGAUCAAGCUGAAAUCGAAUUAAAGAAAGCAGAAAUUAAAGAUGAAAAAAGAAGAAUUAAAAAGAUUAUUCAAUCCAAACAAGAAGAAGAAAAGGAAAUGUUAUCAAAGGUCGAUCAAGAGCUUGGUAAAGAGCUCGCUAGAUUAAAGAUUCAAGAGGAAACAAUGAAAAAAGAAAUUUUGGAAAGAAAAUACUCUCAAGAAGAUAUUGAUCUAAAGUAUCAAAGAUACACUGAUCGUUUAAGCAAAACUGAAAAAGAUCUUGAUCAAAAGAAACAACUUUUAGAAAAAAAAGAAAAAGAGAACCAAAGAAUUAAAGAUGAGAAACAAAAAUUGGAAGCAAUGCUCAACCAAGCCAAAGAUAUUGUUAGUGAUAUUAAAAAAGAUAAAGAUCAAGCAAGCAAAGACCGUGAGAUUUCCACAAAUAAACACAAAAUACUUUUAGAAAAUUUGAACAAUGCCAGCAAGUCAAAGAAAUCAUUGGAGCAAUCUAAAAAGGAUUUAGAAGACCGUAUCGCCAAACUAACAUCGCUCAAAUCUGAAAAUGACCUUCAACAUAAAAAGAAAUUGGAUGAAUUAGAAAACAAAUCAAAAGAAGAAAAAGAUAAACUCAAAUCAUCAAUCGACAAAGAUCAACAGAAACUAGUUGAAAGAUUAGAACGUCAAUUAAAAGAUGAAGAGGACUCUUUUGUCAAGAAAAAUGAAUCACACAUAAAGAAAACUAUUGAAAACAUUGAAAAAAACAACAAGGAAUAUGAUCGUUUAGAACAAAGAAUCGAAAAGGAAAAAGAGGAUAUCACUUUAUUAUUGGAAAAGAAAAAAAGAAAAGAAGAAAGAGAAAAAAAGAAAUUAAAGGAAAAGUUGGAGGAAGAAAAUGAAAAAUCAAAAACUAGAACCAAAAAAGAUUUAUCAAAUGAUGAAUCAAUUGAAAUAUAA